AUUUAACUUCAUAGUCCUCCAACCCGAUAACAUCAGCGUAUAUAUUUUGGAGAUUCGGAAGCAUUCCGCAAUUGGAUCGAUAAUUUAAGAUCUCCAUCGUUUCUUUGAUGAAAGGAAUUUUUCGAUCAUAACUCUUCCUUCAACUUAAAAUGCUUGGAAGAGCUGCUACCUUAUUGUUCCUCUCCUCAGUCUUAAUACUUCGCAAUGUGACAGGUGAAGUCAAUUGUACCUACCCAUGGGUAAACAUGUACGGAAGUUCCUGCUACCAUAUUUACGAAUUCGAUUCAUCAGGCUACUUAUAUGAAACUGCAGAGCUUACAUGUCGCGACCUAAAUUCUCAUGUUUACGUGCCAAGUUCGGAAAGUGAACAUGAGACCGUCAUCGCCAGUCUACUUCAUCUACGUAACUACUUUUACGGAAGCAAUUUGGGGUUGUGGAUUGGUUGUACCAACAAUGGAAACGAUGAUUCUUUCUAUUGUGCUGAUGGAACGGAGAUUGGCAUCAAUAGCGAUUGGUGGUUCAACACGGGUUAUAUCAUAGGGGGACCUGACAGAUGUGCGGCUCUCAACAUAAACACCUACCCUUCUAAAAUAUACAAGCAUUCAUGUGAGAAUGAUACCAACGCUAUUAUGUGCGAAGAUGGUCCAGUGCAGGGAAUUGAUGACUUGGUUACAACCACCAGUGCCACCACCACCAGUGCCACCACCACCACCACCCCGAUCGAAUGGACCUCCUCCAUGAUCCCUUGCACAGCCCAUCACGUCUCUUCCACUUGUCCUGAGAUCUACGGACGAUAUGGGAUGCGUUUCCCGGCAAUCCACGUAUAUUUUGCCGACCGUGAUAACAUAAAAAUGAGUGAGGUAUGCAACAAAAUGAGAGGCAUCCAACUAGCAUCGGCGAUUCUUUCUCGACAAAAUGGUCGCUUUCAGAAGAUCGUUGUGUCUUGGAGAGCCACAUCAUACAUGUAGAGUGUUGAUGUUUCGUCGACAGUCCUGGCACUACAGUAACUUGAAGUCCACUGUCAAUAGGAAGUUUUCGCUCCGCGAACGACGACGGAUUCAAGAACAUAGAAAAUAUAUUGCCAAAUGCCUUUCAUGACAAUGAACAAACAAGAAUUUUUGACAUCGGUUAAUCAAAACAGCAGUUUCACACCGGACUAAACAACAUAGGUAUUCGCAAUUGUUCAUCAGCUUCGUACCUAUAAGACGAAACUGCUGUUCCGGAGAGUUCACAAAUUUUCGACAAAGACCUCCCAGCUGUUCUUUGUCAUUAUUUGUGACGGGCAUUUUCAAUACAUAGUGU